GAGUUUACUUCAUGGAACUUCAGUUUCCUCUGGUCGGUCCCAUCCAAAAGGGUCUUCUCUUUCUCCAGCCUACACCCCAACCACAAGACCAUAGUAUCAUAGAUCAUUUGAAAACCUCCCUUUCUAGCACUCUAGACUUUUUCUACCCACUUGCAUGCCGCCUUGGCACCUCCGUGAACGACGACAAUACCAUUUAUUUCUUCAUCGACUGUAAUGGCCCCGGCCGGAGCUCAGUUUAUCCAUGCAGCUGCCCAUGGCGUCACCGUGGCCGAUAUCCUUGAGCCUGCCUACGUUCCUCCGAUCGUCCAUUCUUUUUUUCCACUCCAUAGAACUCAGAACUGCAAUGGCGUUUCGGAACCGUUGCUGGUGACUGAGCUUGUUGAUGGCGUCUUUAUUGGUUCCACUAUCAAUCACAUGAUCGUGGACGGCACAUUCUUCUGGUAUUUCUUCAAUUCAUGGUCGGAAAUCUCUCGGGGUUCCAAUGAAAUAACCCUAUCUCCCGUUCUCGAUCGCUGGUUUGUUGAUGAUCCCACUACCCCAUACGAAUUCCUCGGUCGCUACUAGUCUGCUAGGCGCACAAGUGCACCACUGCAAGAGAGGAUUUUCCACUUCACAAAAGGAAAAAAAUGCAGUGCUCAAAGCAAGAGCUAAUGCAAAAAUGGGCACCCACAAAAUUUCCUCUUUGCAAGCCCUCUUGGCCCAUCUUUGGCGAUCCGUUAUUCGUAACAGGCGUUUACUAGAGGAUCAAGAGACUAUGUACCGGUUCCCAACAGGUAUGAGCCCAAGGCUGCGUCCUCCAUUGCCCCAGCAAUAUUUUGGGGCUCCAGUUCAACUGGGAAUGGUUACGAUGAAAGAAGGGGAGCUACUGAAGCUGGGUCUUGAUCAUGCGGCUUGGCAGUUGAACAAGGUGAUUUCUACUUACACUGAAGCAGAAGCUAGCCAUCAACUUCUUGGAAUCUUGGGUGAAGAUCCCUAAGCCAUCAACUUCUUUGUUA